UAAAACGAGUAUAUAUUAAAAUUGAAACCGAGAAAUUAACAUCAUAAUCGUCGAUUAUUUGGUUUCGAUAUCUCAUAUUGUUUUUAAUUCACCAGAAAUAAAAACCAUGAACCGAUUUUUAGCCAUUACUUUUGUCAUCGUCGUCUCAUCAUAUUAUUGUGAUGCCUUUUGGGGAGAAUUUGGUGAUUGGGCUAAAGGAAUGACUCCUUGUGAGAUUUGCAAAAAUGAAGCCGCAGCUGAAGUAGCUGCUUUGGAAGGCGCUCGAGAUGCUUUCAUACCUGGAAUCCGUUCCUUACCUGGACUUAAGAGGCUCUGUGGUAAAUAUCCAACUCCUGAAGGAUCUUGUGACUCUUUCGUUAAAGUAUUCGAGGCUUCAUUUGAUCAUCUUAUCGAAAGACAAAGCAGAUCUCAAGAGCUUUGUGCUUAUUAUGGUGUCUGUGAGUCAAAUUCGACCCUCGAAAUUAGUUUACCAAGUCUUCCCGUUGCUCCAGUUACACCUAAACAAAAUCCUUCCAAAGUUUAUGAUGACGCCGUUUGCAAGCAAUGUACCGAUAUUAUCGCUGGAUUUGCAUUCAUGGGCGUUGGUAACUAUGCUAAGGAUUUUGCUGCUCGAACUGAAAAUAAUUGUUUAGAUUGGGUGAAAACUACUGAAUCUCCAAGUGUCGAAGAUUACAGAAAGUGUCUUGAGCUUAACUCAGUUUAUUUCGAUUCAAUUACCAAUAACAUGAUCGACAAAUCGACCCAGAACUAUUUGUGUUGGGAUCUUUUCGAUGUUUGUGAACCAUCCAAAAAACCAAGCGAAUUGGUCUUACCAGAUUUGACUGAAAUCAUCAAAAACUAACAUUUUCCAAGUAGAGAAAGUGUUCCAAAAUCAAACAUACCAAUGAGUAACACUCGAUAUUAAUCAGUAAAUCAAUAAUAAAAUUUCUUGCAUGAUUAAUCGGAUAUCGAACUCAAUUUAUUUACAUAUUUAAAAUUCAAUUUUUAAGACAUUAAAAUCUUCACUGAAUUAUCAAAAAUUCAACAUUAAUCAAAUUACAGAAUUGAACUAAUCUUCCAAGAGUUAAGAUAAAAAACAUGCUGAUCAAUUGAAACGAGAAUUUAAAAAAGCAGUCAAGGUUAUCAGACAAUUAAGUUAAAUUUAAAGUGAAAUUAAAAUUACAGGUAACACUUUUAUAAUCCAUUAGGAGUUGUCUGUUGUUGCCAUAGCAGUUAGAAAUGAAGCGGUAAAAUUAGUUAACUAACAAUUUAACACUACCUGUAUAACGUAAGUACUUACGGUGUGCAGAUCGAUUGAAUUUGAUCUGAUCUGGGAACAGGUAGCGACACUAAUUUUAUCUAAACUAAUUUCUGGUGGAGUUUUCUCUUUAGAUUGAGCAUCGGCUUCCAAUACCCAAUCCAUUGAAUCUGUGAAAGCAUAAUUGGCCUUGACCAGAGCCGCAUUGACCAAAAUAUCUUUACCUUGGCCUAAGGCAUUAUCACUGUACCAAAGAAAGACCGAUAAAGGUUCAUCGUAAUUACUUUUCGAUGGACGUUCGGUAACAUAAACAGUUACCAUUUGUUCAAUCUUGAUGCCACUCAAUUCCUCGAAAUAUUUUAAACAUUCAUUGGACCAACCAU